GGGAUAGGACUGAACUUUCUCUUCUUCUGCUUCUUCCUUCUUCCCUCUCCGCGUUACUUUCAUCGCCUUCAUCACGAUCCAGCUGAAAUCCCUUCUCCAAGAUGCCCGAGAACUCGUGGAUGUCUUUCUUCUCAAGCUGCUGGGGGAAGGGCAGCGACAGCUCCGCAACGCUGCCCGGGAAGGCACAGUGCAGUUCAGGUUCCCCGGGGGGGUUGUCGUCCUCCGACACAAGCAACUCGUUCUCGCAGGAGGACCUGUCGUUGACGCUCGCGGGGUCGAACCUGCACGCCUUCACCAUCGCGGAGCUGAGAGCCGUCACCAGGAACUUCUCCGUGACCAACUUCAUCGGAUCGGGCGGGUUCGGCCCUGUCUACAAGGGAUUCAUUGACGACAAGCUGCGGCCGGGGCUCAAGGCGCAGCAGGUGGCGGUGAAGUCCCUGGACUUGGACGGCCAGCAGGGCCACAGGGAGUGGCUGGCGGAGGUGAUCUUUCUUGGGCAACUACGCCACCCUCAUCUCGUUAAACUGAUCGGGUACUGCUGCGAAGACGAACACAGGAUGCUCGUUUACGAGUUUGUGCCUCGAGGAAGCUUGGAAAACCAUCUCUUCAAGAGGUUGGUUUCUUCGUUGCCGUGGUCAACACGGUUAAAGAUAGCAGUCGGAGCCGCCAAGGGGUUGGCCUUCCUCCAUGAAGCGGAGAAGCCGGUCAUCUACCGCGAUUUCAAAGCGUCAAACAUACUCAUCGACACGGAUCACACGGCGAAGCUGGCGGAUUUUGGGCUCGCAAAGGAUGGUCCCCAAGGGGACAACACUCACGUGACCACACGUGUCAUGGGUACCCAUGGGUACGCGGCGCCCGAGUACGUGUUGACCGGUCAUCUCACGGCGAAGAGCGACGUGUACAGCUUCGGGGUGGUGUUGCUGGAACUGCUUGCAGGGAGACGAUGCGUCGACAAGAACCGACCCAACAGGCAGAAGAACCUCGUCGACUGGGCUCGGCCUUACCUCACCAACGCCGACAAGCUCCGGCGAGUCAUGGACCCCGGCCUCGACGGACUCUACUCCACCAAAGGAGCCCAGAAGGCCGCGGCGAUUGCCUACAAAUGCUUGAGCCACAACCCCAAGUCGAGGCCGGAGAUGAGAACCGUCGUGGAGAUGUUGGAGCCGCUUCUCAACCUGAACGACGUCCCCGUCGGUGCCUUCGUGUACGUCGCUCCAAAGGAGGAGGAGGAGGAGAAGGAGAAGGAGAAGGAGAAGGAGAAGGUGGAUAUCCAAGAGAAGAAUCACAACAAUCACGACGAGAGACACAAGCAACGAUUCCCCAACUCAGUGAUCCAUUCCGAGGUCUCCCUGCACAAGGAUGGCAAGAGUUUGUACAGGAACUCCCACUUCCGGAAAUCGCAGAGGCAGAACCAGGAACGUGGAGCAUGAUCUGACACAUACAACGUUAGUGCAAUCAUACUGUACAUAGUCUACAGUGAACAGAUACCGAUUUGUGUUUGUUUGUGGAAUUAUUUCUUCAAAUAAUGUGAAAUUUGAAGGAGGUUUUGAUAUA